CAGCAUCGAAGCACGACACAAAACAAAUCUUGCAUGUAUUGCAACCCCAUAAUGGCGUAGCGGGCUGCACAGUCGCCCCCAAAAUGGAUUCUGCGGUUUGGUUGUCAGCGCAGCUCCUCAGCGAGGUGGAGCGACUGCGCUCGGCUAUUUGUGUGCGGAGGCGUUGCAGCUCAGGACUGGCGCGGGCAGCGCCAGCUGGCCCCUCGCGCGCCGGGCCGUUCGCACCUCCGCGCCGCGCAGCGACGCCCCUCGCCGUCGCGGGCGAUGCGCGGCAAGGCUCCCACCCCGCGCAUGCCCCUGUAACGGAGCCCAAAGCGGCUCGAACAGUCCACGCAACAAUCUUGGGACAUCAAUCCCGCGCAGCGGCACGCAGCUAUGCUCCUGUCGCCGCUGCUGCCAGGGCGGCGCCUGCCGAAGCGCCGGCCAGCAACGGCCAAGCCCUGGGGACGCGGGUGGCUCAGCUCGGGGAGCUGGGGUAUCACUGCAAAGGCACGCCACGGCGGGCAUGGCCAGCCGGCACGCCUGCUACUGCCGCCGCCCUGGCUGCGUCGCUACUGCCGCACGUGCGGGCGCUGUCGCCGCAGGACGCGGGGCACUGCUGCUGGGCGCUGGCGCAGGUAUUCGGCGUGGAGGCCGGCAGUAGCAGUAGCAGUAGCAGCGGUAGUAAUAGUGGCAGCAGCAGUGGCAGUAGCAGUAAGGGUGGUGGGGGGAGGUGGGGUGGGGCUGACCACGACACGCAGUCCGCGGAGGUGGCCCGCCAGUUCGCCAAAGCCGUGCAGCGAGAGCUGCUCGCCCCCGCCCAGCCCCAGCCCGGCCCGCCCGAUUCCCAACACAGCCUAGCCGCUACUGCGGCCUCUGCACCAGCACCAGCAGUAGCAUCAGAAGCCCCUGCCGGACCCCCAGCCCCGGCAGCUGCUUCUGCUGCUGCUUCUUCGGCUGCUUCUGCUGGCGUGGGCUGCGCCGAAUCCCACCGUCUGAUGCGGCUUGCGUCGAUGCCGCCCAAGGACCUGUCAAAGCUGGUGUGGGCGCUGGCCAAGAUGGGCGUGGGGGCACGGAGCAGUAGCAGCAGUAGCAGCAGUAGCAGCAGUAGCAGCAGUAGCAGCGGCAGCAGCGGCAGUGCAAGCACCGGCAGUAGCAGCGUUAAAGGCAACAGCGGCAAUGGUGGCGCACAGGCGACGUCCGGCUGGGAGCAGCAGCUGCAGGACCGGUGGUGGUGGGCGGCGGGGCGUGUGGCGGCGGACGCCAUAGCGGACCUCAACAUGCCGCCACAGGCGCUGUGCAACGUGCUGUGGGCCUACCACGCGCUGGACCGCCGCCACGUGCCGCUGCUGCGGGCGGCGGCGGAGUGCAUCGUGGCCGGGCACAGGACUCGGUUUGAGCCGGUGGGGCUGUCCAAUCUGCUGGGCGCAUUCAGCGGACUGGGCUUCUACAGGGGCGGCGGCGCCGCCGCCGCACACGCAGCUGUGGCUGCAGCCGGCGACAGCAGCGGCAACGGCAAUGGCAGCCACAACGGUAACAAUGGCAACGGUGGCGACGGCGAAGAAGCGGAGGUAGAUGACGGCGGCAAUGCCGACGACGGCCCCCUGUGUGACGGGCUGUAUCGGGCUCUGGCGCGCAUGGCCGCCGCCGGACUCUGCCUGGAGCACAUGAGCCUGCAGCACCUCGCCAACGCCGCCCGGGCACUGGUGGCGGCGGGCCAGCACCGCGUGGCGGCUGUAGCAGCAGCAGCAGGGGCUGUAGCAGGAGCGGGAGUAGGGGCAGGGGCAGCGGCGGCGCCGGGUGGGGAAGGGGGCGGUGGUGCAGGUGGUGGUGAGGGCGGCGGCGGCAGUGUGGAAUGCGUGCGGGAGGUGCGGCGGUUCAUCGGCGCCGCCUGCGUGCGCGGCACCCAGAUGCUGAGGGCGGAAGCGGCGGCGGCGGAGGCGGCGGCGGCGGCGGCGGCGGAGGCACAGGACUGGGCGGCAGUGACUGCAGCAGAGGCCGAAGGGGAUGCCGCUGGCGCGGUUGGUUCUACUGCUACUAUGCCCAAUGGAACAGGGCUCGGGGCGGAGGCAGGAGCGGGUGCGGCGGCGGCGGCGGCGGCGGGGGCGGCGGCGGGGGCGGCGGCGGCGCCGAGGCCGCAGCACGACCCGCACGCCACGUCGGCUCUGUGCUGGGCGGUGGCGUGUGUAGCGCAGCCCGGCAACGUGCGGUGCGGCGAGCUGCUGGAUGCGGCGGUGGCGGCGGCGGCGGCGGCGCCGGGAGGCGCGUUUGCGGGGUACGGCGACCAGGACCUGUGCAUGCUGCUGCGCGCGCACGUGCGGUCGCGGCGCUACUCGCCGGCGCUGGUGGCGAAGGUGCGGGCGCGGCUGCUGACGGCCGCAGGCAGCAUGCAGCCGCAGGCCCUCACGGACCUGGUGUACUGCCUGGCCGUGUCCAACUACUACAACCAGGACAUGUACGACGCCGUGUGCGCCGCCGUACUGGCACCCCAACCGCCGCCGCCAACCGCCGGUACACCAACUGCCGCUACCAAUAACGGUACCGGUACCGGCGGCACGGCGGCAGAUGCUGCAGAUGUUGCAGGCGGCGCCGCAGGGACCACAGGCGCCGGUGCAGGGGCCGCAACAGCAGCAGCAGCAGCAGCAGCUGGUGCCACAAUUGUGACUGUGAUUGCUGGGCCGGCGGCGGCGGGGCCGCCGCGGCUGCACUCCUUCGGGCCGCGGCUGGCGAGCCGGCUGGUGUGGAGCCUGGCGCGUGCGCGGCACCACCACCCAGGUCUGUUGACCGAGGCGGCCGAGUACCUGAGGCCGCAGCUGUCCGCCUGCAGCGGCGAGGACCUGGCCGCCGCCGCCUCCGCCGCCGCCCAGCUGCACGCCUACCACCCCCAGCUGUGGAGGGAGCUGGGCCGAGAGCUGGCUGCCCGGCUGCUGCGGGCCCGAGGCAGCGGCAGCGGCGGCAGCGGCAGCGGCGGCGGCAGCGGGCCCGGAGCACAGGCGGCCGCGACCGCUGCCGCGUCGGCGUUGACGGCGGCAUCGGCGUCUGCGUCUGCGACCGCGGUAGCGACGGCGACGGCGGCAGGGGAGGCGACGGCGACGGUGGCAGGGGAGGCGACGGGCACGGGUAACGUGCAUCGCACUCGCCCGCUGUCGUUGGCCGCCGGCAGGGGCGCUGCCGCGAUCCCGCCGCCACCGCCACAGCUACAGCCGCUGUCGGCUCGGGCGCUGGUGGCGGUGCUGUGGAGCUCGGCGCUGCUGAGCCACGUGGAUGAGGCGCUGCUGGCGGCGGCGGCGGCGGCGCUGGCGGGGUUGCGGCUGGAGCGCAUGGCGGUGCCAGCCGUCAUGCAGCUGUUCCAGACGCAUGUGAUGCUGCAGGAUCUGUACGAUGGCGCGAUUGAGCCGCCGCAGCUUCUCACGCCGCCGCAGCUGGAAUACGCGAGGCUGACGUGGCGCCGCGUCACCGCAUCGGCCGCCUCGCCGUCGCGGCUGCAGGAGGAGGUGGUGGCGGCGCUGCGGCGGCUGGGCUGCAGCCCCUCCUGCGAGCGCAUCACCUUGGACGGCCUGUUCUCCAUAGACACCUCCCUGCUCUGGGCCGGCAGGCGUGUGGCGGUGGAGGUGGAUGGCCCCUCCCACUUCACCCUGUCCAAGCCCUACAGGCCGCUGGGGCGCACGCUGGCGAAGCGGCGCUGCCUGGAGGUGCGCGGCUGGCGCGUGCUGUCAGUGCCGGGGCACGAGUGGCGCGCGCUGGGCGGCAGCGAGGCCGCACAGGAGGUAUACCUGCGGGCGGCUCUGGAUGGCGCCCUGUGGCGCACGCACGUGCUGCCAGGCAUGGGGCUGGAGUUUGAGGUGGGGAGCGGCAUGGUCGCGGGGGUGGGGGUGGGGAUGGGGAUGGGUGGCGGUAGAGGUGGCGGUGGUGGUGGUGGGCGGAGCGGCGGCCUAGGCGCAGGCGCAGGUGCCGCGGGCGUGACGGGCAGGUAGUGGGGGAAUGGCGGGCGGGGGGUGGCGAGCUGCGCUGGGUGCGAGCAUGCUGGAGCGGCAGCAUGCGGGCGCGUCUGAGGACUGCGUUGAGCCGGUAAGAGAUUUGGUUCCAGGGCUGUGAUGAUUUGAGUGUUGUGGUGUUUGUUGCCAGACAAUCAGUGCCAUGACCAUUUGUAGCGCUGCUUGGCUGCCCACGUCGCUGACGUUGGGGAGGCUGUGUGGGCGGAAAUGUGUGCAGAGGCGGUGACAACAUCACAACAAGAAAGGUGGCCAGGAGUUGGCUGUCGCCAGCAGCUCUCGAUGAUGUGAGGCUAGCUGGACUCGACGAAUUGUUGGCUUUGGCUGCAUGGCAGGCUGUAUCGGAUCCGGCUAUGGCGGACGUGGGCAUGGUGGAUCCGCACGCGGGAGCCUGCGGGAGGGAGUCAGCUUGCAGGCGCCACAUGAUCGCACGGAUCCGCACGGGGAGUCAGCUUUUAACUCCAGCCCAAUGGAACUCCAGUCCUCUGCCUGUUAAAAUCAUGACAAAACUUUCGUAUGUAAUACAUCUCAAGC